AUGGGCCACAAACACAGCAAGCCAUCCGAGAAUCCAGGAGGUACCGGCAGCACCCGAGCAACGAAGCCGAAAUUCCAUCCACCAGGGCAGCAGCCUCCAGCAUAUGAUAACUGCGACAAGACGGCAUGGUUGCCCCGAGAGAAUGUUCUGCUGAUCAUCGAGAAUAUAAACAUAAUCAUGAAAGAGGUAGUGGGUGAACUGGAUAAUGAACUCGACGGUUCUUCCGAUGUGCUUGUGGCUUCAGGCCAUAUUCGCGAGAGCUGUACUGUGGCUGCAAGAACAGUUACCAAAACUAUGCUCCCAAACAUAACGCAUAAAUCUCUCGCUAGUGAUUUAUACGAAUGCAGUACUAGACUUGAAGAACUGUCUCAGGCUCUUGUCAGGGAUGUAGCAGUGGAUAAAGAAGUGGCAGUCAUCCUGAUCUCUGCUAAUGCGGUUACAAAGGCUGCCUAUAUGGCCAGGUCAACCAGUAAGGACUACCGUACAGGAACAUGGGCUGCUGUUAUAGGUAUAACGAUGCACAGGAUCGGCGCGAGAAUUGCUUCGAGAAAGUAUAAAAGUCUAGCUCAAGAUCUGGCCGUCUGA